CCUUGUGUGCUCUCCUUUUUGUUCUCUCUUCUGCUUGUUUGUCUGAGAGUUUAUCUUUGCCCUCUCACCACAAGCAUUGGUCUUCGAUAAUUCUUCCUCUCCAUCCCUGUUUGAAAUGGCCAGCCUUAUUGCUUGGGUGGAAAGGCAGUAGGUAAAAAUUAAGAAAAGGGGGAGGGCGUUAAGCGAUAGAUGGAGAAUUCAGGAAGAAGUAAGGUUUUAAGGGCUCUGUUUGGACUUCUUCUGCUUCUUGGUGUCUUCUGGUUCUUCUCUGCAGCAAUUCUAGUGAACCACGCUACGGGACCCACUGUUACAGUUUCAUCCACCAGAGUCUUCAAGCAUUGGAAGCUGACUGGAAGGGAGAAGAAGCAUGCUGUUGUUUGGGAUUCUUCUACCUUCAUUUUCGUGAGCAAGAGACGAGUACCGAAUGGACCUGAUCCCAUUCAUAACAGGAGAGCAGUGAAGAGUAGACAACCAGCCGGUCGAGCUUAACCAUGAAGGGCAGUGUGAAGCAAAAGAAUUUGAGCAGGAGGCAAAGCUUGUACAAUAAGUUAUCUAUCUGCAUUCUGCGAUCCGUGCAGUUAUUUAUGAUAUUUGCCUCCCUUAGGAAUAUUAGGAUUUGUGGAGUGAUUACUUAUUAAAAUUUUUGGAGAAGGUAGGUUUAAAGAAGCUCACUAGUUUGAUGUCCAACUCCUGAGCAUUGUGUAAUGUGAUUCGUUACU